AUGGCAUCAACAUUGUUAUCAUCACAAAUUCUUGAAUUUGCUUCAGAAUAUUCAGUAUAUAGUAGUUGUAUUCUAAGUAUUGUUGGACUUGUGAGUAAUAUUUUGAAUGUAUUAGUAUUUAUUCGAUUAAAACAAUUUCGAGAGAAUCGAUGUGUUCUCUAUUUCUUAGUUGAAUCGAUAUCGAAUUUUAUUAAUGAAGUUUUUACUCUCAUAGUAACUUUUGUGUCAGUAAUCUAUGGUAAUAAUGCAACGAAUUUCUCUCUAUUCUGGUGUAAAGCCCGAUAUAUUCUUUUUCAAUCAACUGGACUGGUGACAUUUUCUAUGAUCUGUUUUGCUGCUUGUGAUCAAUUUUGUUCAACAAAUUAUCGAAUAAAUUUAAGAGAAAUAUGUACAAUUAAAUUAGCUCAAUAUCUUGUAUUUAUAUUUAUAUUGAUUUCGUGUCUCCAUAGUAUUUUAUUUAGCUUUUUUCUUAGUAUUAAUCCCUUAUUAGGAUGUAUUGUAAUAAAUCCAAUAUGGAUUCGAUAUAUCACAUAUUUCUUUUAUCCAGUUGUAUCAGGUUUCUUUCCAAUUGUAUUUGCUUCAUUAUUCAGUUUAUUAGCUUAUGAAAAUGUUCGUCGUGUUAUACGUCGACAAAUUCCACUUGAACGUCGUCAGUUUGAUCAACAAAUAACUGCAAUGGUUUUAAUUCGUGUUAUGUUAUAUGUUAUUCUCUCAUUACCUUAUACAAUUUAUCGUGUCUAUUCAAUUAAUAUCAAUACACAACAGAUAGAUUUACUCAGAUCUGCAAUCGAACGAUUGAUUCAAACUAUUUUUUAUUCAAUUAGUGGUGUCACUAUUGCAGUCAAUUUUUAUCUAUUUUUGAUAUCAUCAUCACGGUAUCGCCGUCAAGUAAAAUAUGUUCUAAAGAAAAAAUAUUGGCGACCAAUGAAAACUUGGUUAUAUUGCAAGAAGAAUCAAAUUCAUCCAGACAAUACAAUUUUAUCUGAUAAUGGUAUUGAACUGGAAUGA